AUGACAAUCAAAUACCACCCCAAGGAAGAGGAGAAGGGAGAAGCGACAAUGUCGACGACGGAUAUAUCUUCUCUCAGCAAUCCCGAGGUCCCCUUUGGUGUACCAAUGCGCAAAGCGCACUUCGCCUUUGGCCCGCACUAUACCCCGCUAAAUCAUGGAUCAUACGGAACAGCACCGAUAUCCGUAUUGCGCAAGCACGAGGCCUUCCGCGCCGAAGUUGAAGCUGCUCCGGAUCCCUUCAUCGCUCUCGAAUUCCACGAUCGCCUAGCACCACAACGCGCCCUCGCUGCUAAAGUCUUAAACUGUCCUAACCUUAAUGAGCUGGUUUUCGUACCUAACGCUACCACUGGCUCAGACACAGUUCUUAAGAAUCUAGUCUGGGAAGAAGGGGACGUAAUCUUGUGCUAUGAACUUAUUUACGAAGCCCUUGCGCACGGCAUAUCUUGGAUUGAAGAAUCGCGUGGUGUCGGUGUGCAUGUUGUGCGUGUAGCGUGGCCGAUAUCCGACGAUGACCUCAUAAACGCCAUGGUCGACGCCGCGCGGAAGAUCAAUGCGGAGCCUGGGCGUAGGGUGAGACUCGCGAUUAUAGAUACCAUCAUCAGCAUGCCCGGGAUACGGGUACCAUUCGAGCGGCUAGUCCCCGCGCUACAAGCCGAGGGUGCAUUAGUAUUGGUAGAUGGCGCGCAUGGAAUCGGGCAGAUCGAUAUUGACCUUGCAAGGUUAAAGCCAGAUUUCUUUGUGACGAAUCUACAUAAGUGGUAUUUUGUGCCGAGAGGUUGCGCCGCGUUUUAUGUUGCUAGGAAACACCAGCAUUUAAUUCGAACGACGCUACCAACGAGUCAUGGGUUUAGGCCGAAGGGGAGGUUGGGCGGACUAGGAGAGACCGAGAAGAGGAGUGCGUUUGUAGAUAUGUUUGAUUUCACUGGUACCGCCGAUACCACGGCUUGGCUCUGUGUUCAAGAUGCUCUCGACUUCCGCGCCAAUGUUUGUGGUGGCGACGCAGCCAUCCAGAAAUAUUGCCACACCGUAGCGCAAGAAAGCGCCGCCAUCGCCGCCGAAAUUCUAGGAACAUCGAUCAUGGACUCUGCGAAUUCCUGUAUCCGAGAUUGCUUCUUCGCCAAUGUGCAACUGCCGCUCGAGAUAGGUACAGACGCACAUGGUAAAAUCGAUCCAGCGCAUGCAGAUAAAGUGUCAGACUGGUUCAAGGUAACUGGUUCCCGCGAGAAUGGUGUGUAUUUUCAGACCGUCCUCUAUAGGGAUGUCUGGUGGUGGCGUAUUAGCGGUAUGGUAUACGUCGAAGUAGAGGAUUUUAAGAGGGGAGCCGAGAUCCUAAGGAGCUUGUGCGAGAGGGUUAGGAAUGGUGAACAUAUCACGGGGUAA